UGUACGCCGACUAAACUCGUUGGUGGUGCGGAGGCGGCGGAGGCAUCGGCGUUUGCGGCUUUCGCUUUAAGGUUUUUAAAAAAAAUACAUCAACAAAUAAGACGCAGCAAAUUAAGAAGUACAACGUCGGGUUGAUAAGGCGCGCGGUGUGGAGUUUGCUGGAGGAGUUGUCAUUCUGCAGGCGUAUCGCUGUAAAUAUCGCUCCAACGUGCCGAAGUGAGUGACGGAGAAUUAUUCCGGCUUCUUCCUGGAUUGCUCCUGAACAAUCCUGAGGAGUCUUGGAGUCGAACACACAUUAGCCCAGUAUAGCUUGUGCCUGCAACAGCAUUCAACAGUGGCCGAGAUACAAUGAACAGAGAUACCAUGGAAGAAGCAGAAAAAAAUCAAUAGUGAUCGGCUACUCAAUGGUGAAGUCAGUCAGAACAAUGCUGGAACAACAUGCGAUGAUGCAUAAGACUGAAGGUGGGCUAUGCUGGAAAAAUGUAUAAAGACUGGUCAGCCAUGCCUCUUUGAUUUUCAGGCUUCCUUCUGGUCACUGGCCAGGGAAGCUUGGCAUACUUGCAGCUGAAAUGAAUUGUGUGCGGCCAAAGUGAUUCUUUGCUUCGAAAAGGGAGCCAAACUUGAAGGGGGGGGAAAAAGUGCAUCCCGAGGGCGUCGAGCCAUGAGGCUGCUUGAGGGAGGUGCCUCCCUGAGGGUGCUCCUGCUCGUGCUGCUGCUGUGCCCCGGGGGAGGGCGAGGUGCCGGGGAUGGAAUUUUCAUCGUUCCAUCCCUGCCGCCCGAGCCCUCUCGUCCCCCGUUCAACUGCAACCACACGUCCAUCAAGCUGGACUUCUCAUCCAGCGUGGUCAGCAAUGAAUACAUCGUGACGUUCAACGGGUACUUCACAGCGCGAGCGCGACACUCCUUCGUGGCGGGCGCCUUACGGGGCGCCGGCGUGUCGUCGUGGCACGUGGUGCCGCGGCACAAUGCCGCCAGUGACUUUCCCAGUGACUUCGAGGUGGUGACAAUCGGCGAACGGCGACGGCACGGCAUCGUCGCUCUUGAGCGGCACCCAAGCGUGCGCCGCGUAACGCCGCAGCGCCGAGUUGUACGCUCGCUCAAGUUCGUGGACGAGUCACCGUGCAACGGCUCUGCGGGGUGGCCCCAGAAAUGGCAAUCUUCGCGCGCCCUGCGCCGCACCAGCCUCUCGCUGGGAUCCAACUUCUGGCGUUCGACAGGACGCCACUCGUCUCGGCGCCUUCUGCGCGCCAUCCCGCGCCAGGUUGCGCAGACCUUGCAGGCCGACUCGCUCUGGGGCAUGGGCUUCACAGGAGCUGGUGUGCGGGUGGCUGUGUUUGACACGGGAUUGAGCGAGCGACACCCCCACUUCAAGAAUGUGAAGGAGCGCACCAACUGGACUAACGAGAAAACACUCGACGACGGACUGGGCCAUGGCACUUUCGUGGCAGGGGUGAUUGCUAGUAUGCGGGAGUGCCAAGGAUUCGCUCCUGAUGCCGAGCUACACAUUUUUCGCGUUUUUACCAACAACCAGGUAUCCUACACCUCGUGGUUCCUGGACGCUUUCAACUACGCCAUCCAGAAGAAGAUCAAUGUGCUGAACCUCAGUAUCGGUGGGCCUGACUUCAUGGACCACCCAUUUGUAGAUAAGGUUUGGGAACUCACAGCUAACAAGGUCAUAAUGGUGUCAGCAAUAGGGAAUGAUGGCCCUUUGUACGGCACCCUCAACAAUCCGGCCGACCAGAUGGACGUGAUCGGGGUGGGAGGCAUUGACUUUGAGGACAACAUCGCCCGUUUCUCCUCCAGAGGGAUGACCACCUGGGAGUUGCCCGGUGGCUAUGGACGCAUGAAGCCAGACAUCGUGACGUACGGCUCGGGUGUACGCGGUUCCGGCAUCAACGGUGGUUGCCGCUCGCUAUCGGGCACCAGCGUCGCCUCUCCUGUCGUCACUGGCGCCGUCACACUCCUCGCCAGCUCUGUGCAGAACCGCGACAUCAUAAACCCUGCGAGUAUGAAACAAGCCCUGAUGGCUUCCGCACGCCGGCUGCCGGGGGUCAACAUGUUUGAACAGGGCCAUGGCAAGCUCGACCUGCUGAGGGCAUACCAGGUUCUCAACAGCUACAAGCCACAGGCCAGCCUGAGCCCCAACUACAUCGACCUGACUGAGUGUCCAUACAUGUGGCCCUACUGCUCUCAGCCCAUCUACUACGGUGGCAUGCCCACCAUCGUCAAUGUCACCAUUCUCAAUGGCAUGGCCGUCACUGGCCGCAUUGUUGACAAGCCGGUGUGGCAGCCCUACCUGCCACAGAAUGGGGACACCAUCGAGGUGGCGUUUUCCUACUCGCAAACUUUGUGGCCGUGGUCGGGCUACCUGGCCCUGUCCAUCUCUGUGGCCAAAAAGGCGGCCGGGUGGGAAGGGAUCGCUCAUGGGCACGUCUCUCUCACCAUUGCCUCUCCAGCAAAUUCACAGGCAGAGGAUAGUAGCGAGCAGACGUCAAGCAUCCGACUGCCUGUGCGCGUCAAGGUGAUUCCCACUCCUCCUCGCAGUAAGCGGAUCCUCUGGGACCAGUACCACAACCUCCGUUACCCACCAGGCUACUUUCCCCGUGACAACCUGCGCAUGAAGAACGACCCUCUCGACUGGAAUGGAGACCACAUCCACACCAACUUCCGUGACAUGUACCAGCACCUGCGCAGCAAUGGCUAUUUCCUGGAGGUGCUAGGGGCACCAAUCACCUGCUUUGAUGCCAGCCAAUACGGCACGCUCGUGCUGGUGGACAGUGAGGAGGAGUACUUCCCCGAGGAGGUGUCGAAGCUGAAGCGCGACGUGGACCAUGGCCUGUCCGUCAUUAUCGUGAGCGACUGGUACAACACGUCUGUCAUGCAGAAGGUCAAGUUCUACGAUGAGAACACCAGGCAGUGGUGGAUGCCGGACACGGGCGGUGCAAACGUUCCGGCUCUCAAUGACCUGCUCACGCCCUGGAACAUGGCCUUCAGCGACCGCGUGUUUGAGGGCGACUUCACCAUCGGCGACCACGAGAUGUAUUAUGCUUCAGGCAGCAGCAUUGCGCGUUUCCCCAAAGACGGGAUUGUUAUUACACAGACGCUGAAGGAUCAAGGCAUGGACGUGCUGCGGCAGGAGGCUUACACGGUGGAGGGGGUGCCCAUCUUGGGUUUGUACCAGGCGAGCGGGGAUGGUGCUGGUCGCAUUGUGCUGUAUGGCGACUCCAACUGCCUCGAUGACAGCCACCGACAAAAGGACUGCUUCUGGAUGCUGGAUGCGUUGCUGCAGUACACGGCGUACGACGUCCUCUCGCCCGUGUUUUCGGAAGCGAAUGGGCGUGGGGCCAUCCAGCAGAUCACUCACGAAGGCCCACUGCCCACGCGCAUGGAGGGAAACCACCUGUACCGUUACUCCAAGGUGUUGGAAGCUCACCUGGGGGAUCCCAAGCCCCGACCCCUUCCUGCCUGCCCCCACCUGUCCUGGGCCAAGCCGCAGCCGCUGAACCAGACUGCACCCAGCAAUCUGUGGAAGCAGCCAAAGCUUUUGGCUAUGGACCCUGAGCCAAUCUCCUUCCCAAACCUGAGGCAGAACCGACCCCAGGUGCGGCCUCUUUCACCCGGAGAGAGCAGUGCCUGGGACGUCCCUCAGGGUAUAAUGCCGGGCCGGUAUAACCAGGACGUGGGCCACACUAUCCCCGUGUUCGCGUUCUUCGGCGCCACGGUGGUGCUCGCGUUCUUUGUUGUCAAAAUCAGCAAGACGAAGAGUCGGCCAAAAAGGAAAAGGCCACUGCGUUUAAAACGGCUGCAUCUCGCCGUCACCACCAAGCCAUCUGUUUGAUGACGUGGGCAGUCAAGAAAACAUGGCUUUUGUUGACAUUUAGCACCUCCAUCCCAGUGUGUGCGUGUUUUACACCACUGGCAGGCAGUGCCAAAAGAAGGCCCAGGACUUCUCCUGCACCGGCAGUUUUUUUGAUGCCACUGGUCACGCUUGGGAUACCGAGGAUGCUUUUCUGCGAUCAGCUACAUCACACACAAUUUAAGCGGGAUGUGCAGGACUUGAGGUUUUUUUUGCGAAUUUGAGGGUUAUUUUUUUAACUGCGAUUUCCCAAGAAACACCAACGUGGUGAAUGAUGCUGCGUGAUUUUGAAGAGAAAAUAGCGGGACCCCCUAUUUCCUUCCAAACGAGGUUUGAACUCUACAGUAAUCGUCCACGAACUCUUGUGUUUACGCUCACAGACCAAACAAAAAAUGUACAGUAUAUCAAGACGGAUGCUGAUUGGUAAUUUUGCAGGAAGAUAGUUAUUGGUGAACAGCUUUUAAUUUGUUCACUGAUAUGUUGCAUUUCUUCACAUUCUACACUACAUUAUUUUAUUUUAAUCUGAAUUUUCAAAAUUGUUAUGUCUUGGGGAAGGAGGGAUAAAUAUGAAUACCUUAAAGUUAAGUCACGAAGAAUGCGCACAUACAAACACCUAAAAUAAUUGUCAAUGUUUACUUUAAAUGUUGCACCUUAUGUUUAUCACCUAAAUUCUCUUGAAGGUAAUCAUUAUCGUACUAAUUGGAAUAUAAACCAUUUUUCAAGCUUAUCCGGGACAUUACUCAAAUUACCUCUAUUUAUGCUGCUAUGCCUGCAAGCUAAACAAAAACAUUUUGUUCAACUUUUGAGUGAGGAAACUUUGUUUUGUGUUCACAGGAUUUUAUAAAGUAGAAUAUUGAAGUUUAUUUCAGUUGAAAAAGUGCCAAAUAGUGCAUGCAUAAUGAAAUGUUGUGGAAUAGCUCAUGCUUGUUGAUGCGUCAACAGAAUUGCUCUGGAUAUUCUGGCUCAAAAUCAUAAUAGUUGUCACAUACGUUCUGUUAAGUUAAUUUUACAAGCAAUUUUUUUUUUACAUCCAUAACUAGUAGGCUGGGAAAAUUGAAAUACAUGUCUCUGCAUUACAUGGCACCAAAUGGUGUUUAGCAGCUUGUGUUAAAUGUUUAUCGUUUGACACAACCAGUGUGUGUGAUUCUUUUAUAUAUAUAAACGAAUUUCUCUUGCAGCGUACAUAAUAAGCAUUAUCCUUUUGAAGAGUCCGUUGAAAUGUGUUUUGUUGUAGUGGCUGGCAUGAGUGAUGUUACGUUUAAGAUUCAAUUUAUUCAAAUUGCGUGGAGCAAAAAUGAACAGGCAAAAAUGGGUUUUCUAAAUGAUGUGCUUUACCUCUGCAACACUUUUUGCAGAAAAAUGCUCAAACUUUUUAAAUGACGUGUUUAAAAUGGGAAAUCUAAAUGGUUUGAAAUGUAAUAAAAGUGGCACGUCUUAUGCAAAGGUGGGACCGCUUUUGGUUGACUUUGCACAACAUUAUUUAUUGCAGGUGUUAAGUGUUCACAUCCGUUAUUAGACACUUUUUUAACGUCUUUUUCUCCGUGUUGUAAAUUUUUAAAUACGAUUUUGCUUUAAUAGUUAAAAGUGAAUGACCAGUGAAAAUGUGGCCGGGCACUGAACUACUUACUCAAGGUUACAGAAUGAAUCUGGCUGCGUAUGAUGUAUGUGCAGUCAUGAAGAUACCCAUCACUGCCAUUUGACUGUGCCUGCAAUUUAAUUCGAGCCAAAUUAAACCAAAACAGCUGCCCGCACAAGGGCGUGAUUCAAUUGCUUUAUAUUGCACAACAUAAAAUAUUUUCCUGAAUUCCCCAAUGACUCCAAAUAACUCUUUUACAAAUUAUUUUCAGACCUUAGAAUUAAAUUGGCUCUGAAAGUUAAUUGUCUUAAGUGAAGCAUCAUCCCAACAUGAUGGAUGUUUUAGCAAUCAUGUGUUCCACCUUGCAUCAGGACGUAUACCGCUAUCCCUGUCAACUAAAGUGAUCAUUAGGUUCUAUUUAAGUCGUGUUGAAAUUGCAUUUAUUAUGACUUUGUUAAAGCUGGAAUUUCUGCGAGAAAUGGCCACCAUUUUAUCUAGAAUAUGGUUAAAAAAAACCAUCAAGAUAUAAAGAUUACUUAACAAAGUGUCAUUGCCACCAUGUAACAUCAGGGGGAAAAUAUGGGGCCACUAAUAUGUUGAACAGACUGCUAAAAAUCUGCAGAAGCAGUCAACUUUAAUCAAAAUGUGGCUCCGUAUUGGAAAAAUUACAGUGCAGCAAAACAGCUGCAUAGAAAUUAACUGGACUGCAAUGUUCCAUAGCUCUAAUAUAGCUUAACACGAACUUGUGCGGGGAGAGUAAUUUUGCAUGUUAUGAUGCUUGUGUAGACAAUGAUGUUGGUCCUGAACAAGAUUCAUAUUCAUUUUAUUGUGGCUUUUUUUUCAAGAAGGAAUUGCCACUUGUGGCCGUAAAAUUUCUACACCUUUUUGUGGAUGUAAAUUGUCAAAUUCCUUGAUAGAAAUAUUCUGGUAUAGUGUUUUUUCAACAUUCCAAAUUUUUGUUGGUGCUCUGGACAUGUCUGUAAAAUUAGUGGGAAACUAAUAUGGUGUAAUGAAGAAUGAGGAGCAUGUUUUGCACUGCCCAGCAUUUGUUUUACUUUUCUUUUCAUCUUGUUAUUUUUCCUGUUGCAAAUGUACAGGUAAAUAAUUGUUUUCAGCAUUCCUUUAAAUAAACAUGGUUUUGUAAAGUUUGAAAUAAAUCUAUAUGCUG